UCCCCUCUGCAGAUGGGCUCUGGGCAGUGCUGCGGUUGCCAAAGACUGAACUGCUCCCCAAGGGACUUUUGGGCCCCCUAGGAAGGGAACUCAAAGCAGCUGAAUUUGCCUUGGUUGGAGCUGACCACUAUGGUCCUGGGGGAGGAUGUCCGCGGGGACCCUCAGGGUGCAUAUGCCCCAACAUGUCCCCAGCUCUGCUCUUGCCUUCAGAUGCCGAAAAGACCCCAGACUAUUGGAAUGAAGGGGCCAGGAAGAGGUUGGAGUCAGUCCUGGCCUUGCAGCUGGCAGCACAACGGGCCAAAAACAUGAUCCUCUUUAUGGGUGACGGUAUGGGGCUGUCCACCAUGUCAGCAGCUCGGAUCUACAAGGGGCAGCUGGCCGGCAGCUCGGGUGAAGAGAGUGUCUUGGCAAUGGAGACCUUUCCCCAUGUGGCCCUGGCCAAGACCUACACCAUUGACAGGCAGGUGCCCGACAGCGCCGGCACGGGCACUGCCUACCUCUGCGGGGUGAAGACCAACGCCAAGACACUGGGGCUGAGCGGGGCAGCCGUCUAUGGCAAAUGCCGCACCACCUUUGGCAACGAGGUGGACUCCAUCCUCCACCGGGCCAGGCUGGCAGGCAAGUCGGUGGGUAUUGUGACAACCACACGGGUGCAGCACGCGUCCCCUGGUGCAGCCUAUGCCCACUCAGCCAGUCGGAGCUGGUACGCUGACGCCAACAUGCCCAAGGAGGCACUGCGGGACGGCUGUAAGGACAUUGCCUACCAGCUGGUGCACAACACAGACAUAAAUGUGAUCCUGGGUGGUGGGCGGAUGUACAUGACCCCUAGGCAGACCCCAGACCCCGAGUACCCGGAGGACUCAGCUCAGAAUGGCACCAGGAAGGAUGGCCUGAACUUGAUAGCCAAAUGGCUGAGUUCCAAGCAGGGUGCCCGCUAUGUCUGGGACAAGAAAGGCCUGGAUGCGGUUGAGGCUGACUCUGUGAGCCACCUCAUGGGACUUUUUGAGCCCAAGGACAUGAAGUACGAGCUGAACCGCAAUGCCUCCACUGACCCCUCCAUCGUGGAGAUGACAGAAAAGGCCAUUCGCAUCCUGCGCAGGAACCCCAAUGGCUUCUUCCUCUUCGUGGAAGGUGGCAGGAUUGACCAUGGCCACCACAAUGGCCGGGCCAAGCAGGCACUGAUGGAGGCUGUCAUGCUGGACCGAGCAGUGGCACGAGCAGGUGAACUCACCUCUCCAUCCGACACCUUGACUGUAGUGACAGCUGAUCACUCCCAUGUCUUCACUUUUGGAGGCAACACAUUGCGUGGCACCUCCAUCUUUGGGUUGGCUCCCAAGAAAGCCAAGGACAAGCGAGCCUACACCAGCAUCCUCUAUGGCAAUGGUCCUGGCUACAGCAUCCGUGAUGGGGGCCGCCCGGCUGCCAGUCUACCCGCUGCAGAGGACAAGGACUACAGACAGCAGGCAGCUGUGCCCCUGGAGACAGAGACCCACAGCGGGGAGGAUGUGGUGGUGCUGGCCCAGGGCCCCAUGGCCCACCUCUUCCAUGGAGUGCAGGAGCAGCACUACAUCGCCCAUGCCAUGGCCUAUGCUGCCUGCCUCGAGCCCUACGCUGCUGAACCCGGGUGCAGGGCAGCCCGCAGGGCCUCCUCUGGCACACAGUGCUUCCCACAGCCCGUGCUCACCCUCCUAGCUCUUUGUGUGGGUGCCUACAUGGUGGGAGGCUGAGAGCCUCCACCUGAGCACCACUUCAACCUAGGCUGCCCGGCUCACUUCUGAAUCCAGCUCUCCUCACUGACGGUCUUGGCAGUGGGACCCAACUGUGGCCAGGAUCAAGGGAUGCAAUAAAACAUGAGGUGUUU